GUAGCAUCAUGAUCAAUGUUUGCAUUUGAAACAAUCGGCCGAGCAUGCUGAAUCACAGUCUCCGCAGCCUCGCCACGGGUCUUCGGGCGGGUCUAGCCUCGGGCGUCAGAGGUCGUCGUGGUCUCAGUUUGAGCGCAGUUCAUGCCGACGAGGCCGUUCAUUUAGGUUCGGAUGUGACUCCCCGACCCAAACCCUGGUUUCGCGCCCCGGUCACGUUGAUCCCGGGGGAUGGCGUGGGACCCGAAAUCGCCGAUGCUAUUCGGGACGUGUUCAAAGCGGGCGGCGUGCCCGUGGAUUUCGAGACCUUUUUCCUGAGUGAAAUUAAUCAAGCCUCGAGCGCCUCACUCCAAACCGUGUGCGAGUCGGUAGUCAAGAACCAGGUGUGUCUCAUGGGCCACCUGGCCACGCCCGAGUUCUCGCGCACCGGCAGUUUAGACUCACUAGGCAUGAAAUUUCGACGCGAGCUCGAUUUGUUUGCCAACGUGGUGCGGGUCAAGAAUCGACAGGGAAUUCCCACGCGACACAACAACGUCGACUUGGUCAUAAUCCGCGAGCAAAUUGAGGGCGAAUAUUCGGCCUUGGAACACGAAAGCAUUCCCGGUGUGAUCGAGUGCUUAAAGAUUGUCACGGAGAAACGUUCACGGCGAAUCGCCAAGUUUGCUUUCGACUUUGCCGUUCGGCACGGCCGAAACCGAGUUACGGCUAUCCACAAAGCCAACAUCAUGAAAUUGGGAGAUGGCCUAUUCUUGAAGAGUUGCCAGGAGGUGGCUCGUCUGUAUCCUAAUAUCGAAUUCGAGACUAUGAUCGUGGACAAUUGCACAAUGCAACUAGUCUCGAACCCCCAUCAGUUCGAUGUUAUGGUCAUGCCCAAUCUCUACGGCGACAUUCUAACAAAUCUGGCUUCUGGUUUGGUGGGUGGAGCUGGCGUGGUCGCUGGGGAGAGUUUUUCCUCGGACAUUGCUUGCUUUGAGCCCGCAACGCGGCACAUGUUCUCGUUGGCGGCGGGUAAGAACCUGGCCAACCCCACGGGCAUGCUCUACGCUUCAGCCAAUUUGUUGAGCCAUCUGAAUCUACCAUUCCACAGCCAGAUGAUCAAAUCCGCGGUGGAUCGUGUGUUGCGUAGUGGCAAGCACAAAACCAAGGACGUUGGAGGUCACACUACCACGAAAGAAUUCGUGAAUGCCAUUAUCAAGCAUUUAGAAACCUAACUUGGAUCAUAUCGUCACAUCGUCUCUCAUUCCUUACUUCAAUUCCAUGUUAAGAGCAAGUCUACCAGGCAGUUGUGUGAAUGCAUUCAAACGAAUUGAUAUAAAUUUCCGGACAAUA